AUGGAAAAAAUCAACAGUCUAUCAACACAAUUAGUUAAGUGCUGCUUUUGUGAUUUCUUGAAGGUGAAGAUGCACACUGUGUCCUACAUUCAUUUCUUCUACCUUGGCCUGUGUUUGCUUACCUUAACCAGUUCUGCUGCUGCUGGCCCAGAAACACUCUGUGGUGCUGAGCUGGUUGAUGCUCUUCAGUUCGUGUGUGGAGACAGAGGCUUUUACUUCAGUAAGCCUACAGGGUAUGGAUCCAGCAGUAGACGCUUACACCACAAGGGAAUAGUGGAUGAAUGCUGCUUCCAGAGUUGUGACCUGAGGAGGCUGGAGAUGUAUUGUGCUCCAAUAAAGCCACCUAAAUCUGCACGCUCUGUACGUGCUCAGCGCCACACUGAUAUGCCAAAAGCACAAAAGGAAGUGCAUUUGAAGAAUACAAGUAGAGGGAACACAGGAAACAGAAACUACAGAAUGUAAGAACAUGCCAUCCACAAGA